UUUAUUGUGACGUGAAUCGUCAAUCAUCGUGAACGCCGGUCACUGGGUUCGUGGAGAUUGUAACGAAUGUGAUUUUAGUUUUUACUGUUAAAUUGAGCUUUGAAACAUCUUUACAUCUGAUAAUAACUGACCACUUACUUGUCUAUCAUUUAAUAUAGUAAAAACAUUAUGGCGGUUAACAGUGCCACAUCGUUUGUACUAUCUUCAAUAUUAACACUACUGAUAUUUUCUGGUAUGCAGAUGUACAAACCGCUGUUAGUGAAGUCGCCAAUUACAAUAAUCUUCGGUGGAUAUCUAGGAUCUCUGAUGUUUAUGUUCUUUGUAACUGCAGUAGGGAAUUUGGAAGCAGUUUUGUUUAGCAAAAACUUUCAGCUGAAAUUACCAGAGAUUGUUCUAACAAUGGUAAUAUCUCUCAUAGCUGCUGGAAUGGUGCACAGAAUUUGUUUUACAACAUGUUUGAUAUUUUCACUGGUCACAAUAUACUACUUGAACAAGUUAUCACAAAAAACAUAUGGUGCCACUACUCAAGCCCCAGUAGCAGUGAAGAGUCGACGCCACAAGUGAAUUGAUUAAGAUCAUCAUAAUACUUCUUUUAUACAGAAUAAAUAAAUACUUAUUAUUUCCAA